AUGACAAGAAAGAGGGAAUUAGUAGAUAAAACAAAUAAUCCAAAGAGUUAUUCACCAAAGAAAAACAAAGUAAUAGAAGAGAUUGACAACUGUGAAAUAAUUGAAAGUGAUGAUUUAAUAGUAUUAGACUUAAUUGAUGAUUCUUAUGAAAUAGAAUAUCAGGAUGAAAGUACAACUAGCAUACUUAAAAGAGAAAUGAAAAUUGAAGAUUUCUUUUAA